CGUAAUGUGUGUCAACGGUUGGCGAUUCAAGGCUUGAAAGAGUAAAGAGUACUGGAAACAAAGUGCUUGAUGAUACAACUCUCCUGUCAGAGAAGCCAUUUUUAUCCUUCUUGUACGUGGUCCAUGCUUCGUCGGCUCGACUCCAGAUCAACACGGGGACCUACCCCCCGGCAAGCCCGCUUGACCCAAUGGACACCUUGUAGAUGCUUCACACAGACAUACCUUCAACUCGCAAUCCUCAGGCAGCCACUCACCCAUUCACCCACUGUAGGGUUCCCCGCUUUGGUUCUUGAAGCACGCAAAUCUAACCACUUGAGCCCCACAGAGAUGUGUUGACAGAAUGUCGAUCAAUCCAAUUGACAGAUCGACAGCUGCACAUCGCGCCAAUCUCGCCGCCAAAGGCGGGUCACGAUGGGUCACCUACAGCUUCAGUCUCAUAAAAUCAUCAUCUACGAUACAGCAGCCGCCCGCCCUCUAAGACAUCAGCAACCGUUUAUCGCGCGUAACAAGAAUACUACAACUCCUGAUGAUCCACACGUGUACCAGACCUUGAGCCACCGUUACGUCAACACAGCGAGUCGAGCUGAAACUCCAUCUUGUGAAUCAAUCAUCGUCUCCAAAAUACCAUCACGGCCCGAAUGCCUGCAGAGUGCAUACGAGCUUCGGGGACGACCUGGUCGGCGACCUCAUGUUGUUCGACAAUGAUCUGAUGUCGUGGGCAUGUCCAAAGUAGCACAGAACGCCUCGCAGACUCACAGAAUUCUCAGGUUAUAUAGCGACAUUUGGCUUCCCUCCGUCCUACCCUUGUGGCAUCAUCUGCAACAUUUACAGUUUGAACCUAUCGCACUCAAUCUCUCUAACUCGUCCACAAUCAUUCACCGUCAAGAUGUCAACCGACUGGACCAACGACCCCAAGGCAGCAGAGAAGACCUUGCAAGACUCUCUCGAGGCUGAACUCAAAACGCACCCGGAUCGUUUCCUCAGAACGGCGAAGGCAGACGGCAAGGUCACUUUCAAUGGCGACAAGAGCCCAUUCUACGCCAUCCAAGCAUAUGUCUGGUGCGGAAUGCUGUACCCCGACAAUGAUGCCGACUUCCAGAAGAAGCUUCCUCAAUCCCGGUUCAAGCCUUUGGAAUUGGUCCUUCCCAAGAUCUACGAGGAUACCAAAGAUGCUCUCGUCGCUGUUUCUUCCUCGUGCCACAAGUUCAGCAGUGGGCCCAUGGAGGGCGUCUUGAAGAAAUACGCCGUCAACGCCAAGACCUCCCUCGGAGCCGACGAUGGCCUCGGCGCGCAGCUCAAGACGCUGACGUCGGACAAGUACAAGAACAAGGAGAGCAUUGACGAGGACUUCGAAGCAGCGAAGGAGCUCGCGAAAGAAAGACUGGAGGAGCUCAAGUCGGACGCCAAGGAGAAGGAAGAGCAGAGUGACAAGUUGAGGAAAGACCUUCAAGACGUGAGAUUCAUCUUGAUGUUUGGGAUGGGAGAGAAAGAACUUAUCACUGACCUGUCGGAUUUCCUCAGCGAAACCGAGGUCAACAAGAAACAGGUCACCGCUGUGAAUGACAAGUAUCUAAGCCCGGUGACGGAUUCCGAGGGGAAGCAUUACAAGAAUGCGAUGGUGUACUUGAACCAUGAACUGGAAGGCUUGCAGAAGAAGCUCAAGGACGCCAAGGAUGAGGCGGAUAAUCACAGCAAGGAGUUGAAAGAGGAAGGAGACCCCAAGGGUUGGAAGUUCUGGGUCAAUGUGCUCAGCGGCCCUACGGGUACUUGGAACCUGUACCAGAAGCUCAAAGACUUCAAGGAUGCGUUGGACAAGUGGUCCACCCAGAACAAGGAGACGGAGGAUGUUCUCAAAUGCCAGACUACUGUCACGGCCUUGGAGGCUCAGAUUGAUGAUUUGAUCACCAGGAUGACAAAGGCGGUGGAGGGGAUCCGGUUGAUUCAGGACACCUUCCGGCAUUUGGGAGAGUCUCUGGACCCUGUUAUCAAGGCCAUUGACAAGAUUGAGAAGGGCACGAGUUCACCGUUGCAGGCUAUCCGGAAGUCCAACAUCAGCCAUGGCAUUCAGGAUGCCGUCACAAAGUAUGAGGAGAUUAUCAAGGAAGCCGAAGACUUUGCUAAGGCAUCUCAGAUCAAGGUCAUUGAUGCUUAGACGCGGUUGGCGGUGGGCGUAACAAUCAAGCAUGCAACAGGCUCUUCUGGUCAUAACUGUGCUGCCAGCCUGUCAAGUCCGGCUUCUUAUGGGAUAAUAUCCGGGCUGCUUUGGUUCGGUGAAAAGAGGGCUACUGUUUGAUGGACUGUUUUUCGGGGAUUUGGCUAGUGAUGAUAUCUCAGUCUUGAACCGAGGUCUUCAAUCUGAUAUAUUGUUUUCUCUUGUCACUAUUUUCUCCUGACCCUAACCUACCUUGUUGACCAAUGCAUGUUGUGGACAAUAGCUGGCGCGUUUGUGCAACGAGCACACUUCAUGUGUGCCAAUGGAGGCCUGCGGAAGCAUGCAUCUUGACGGGACAUCGAGCACGUUUGAUGGCCAGUACCCAGCGAGGAUCCAAAUGCAGUCCCAACCCGACACGUUUGGGCAUUAAUGCUCGACAUCAAAAAUACUUUUCGUUGGAACCAUCUUCUUCUCCGAAACCUCAUCUCGGUUCCAUCCGCAAGGCCACAAACUUCAACAGCACCUCUCCCCCCCAGCAGUGUAACGUCGGCUCUUCAACCCUCCCCUGAUAAUCAAUAUGACCGUGGAAAAGUCCAUUGUCCCAAACGAGCCCCCUCCCUAUUUGCCUCCAGUGAGCUUCUUCGGUCCGACCGCCAUUCAGGGCGCCAUUCUAAACCCUGGACACACAUACAUUCUGUGGGAUCGCAACACUGGCUUGGUCCUUGCCAUGCGCGACGGCAACUUGGCUCUAGUUCCCCAUGACACGUUACGCACUCACAAGGAUACUUGGCACUGGGAAUGUGAAGAGAAGGGAGGGUGGUUUUCGCUUCGGCAUCCGGCUGUGCGAAUGAAUAUUGGUUAUCGGGUGAAAGGACGCCUGUCUCGAUGGGCUGCUCAAUUGAUGGUUGGGGAGUUUGAUGAUGUAAUGCAGGACAGGUUUUGCUACAGAGUGGCCCCUGAGGGAGGGCAUCAGUUGUGGUGGAAGAGGGACGAUAGUCUUCAUGUUGUCGUGCUCGAUCCCGCCAGUGGCAGUGAAUUGCAUUUGAGGUCGGCAGGGCCGAAUGACGUGGUGAGCUGGGAAUUUGUCCAGCUGGCGGAUGGGGAUAGGAAGUAGUUGACUGUGUUGACUGGAUAAUUAGAUCUCUC